AAUAAUAAUAUUAUUUAUUUGUUUUACGAUAUGAUUGAUGUUUUGCUUAAGUUAUCACCAAUUGUUCAACUAUUGGAUCAGUUAUGAUAUAUAAACAUUGAAAUCAAUGGUUGUGUUGACGAUGACAGCGAUGCCUCCAAUGAAUGGCGAUGUGAUUGUCGAUUCGGUCGCUGAAGACAUUACAACAAGAAAUAGGCCAUURAUUCCGGCAUUUAUCGGACAAUACCGAUGUAAUGACGAYGAAAAGACACCGCAAGUGGUGGUCAUCGAUGUCGACACCAAACUGACAAAAACCGACAGAAGUUUAUGCAAUUUCUAUAAAUGUACCAAAAAUUGGGUCAAACAAAGUGAUAGUAAUGGCAAUCGAUGUUUUGCCACAAGACAUUCAGAGAUCAAUUACUUUACUCAUCUGAAUGAUCAACACUCUGAAGAAGAACUCUUUUGUAUGUAUUGUUACGAACUGAUGAGCUUUUCCCGACUCAAGAAGUAUAACAACCGAUAUUUGUUGAAACAUAUGAUAAAAAGACAUCGCUUUCGAAGAUUUCAAUGCAAUUUGUGUCUCUAUAGAGCCAUCACUGAAGAUCAUGUAAUAAUUCAUCAGAAAAAACACCACAAAUUUCUUUAUCAAAAAACAAUUGAUGGAAAACUUGUGUCUUCUAAUGACACCAUUUGUAAGAUAUAUUUUUGUCAGUCAAUUACUGAAGACACGAAAUUUCCAAAUUUGAAAGACUUUUAUGAAAACUGUAAAAAUCCAAUUCGUUUGAAUAGCGAAGGAAAAAAUGAAACCUACUUUCAGUGUCUUUAUUGUCAUUUUUUGAACGAAGACAUCAACAAAGUGGUUGAACACAGUGUCGACAAACAUCCCGAUUAUCCAAUUCUUUAUUAUAUACCCGAACCACAGGUCUCAUUAUCUGCAUCUUCUUUAGUCAUGGAUUUCAUCAAUUAUGACUCUUAUGUGCCCAUUAAUCAACCAAAACAAGAACCGCAAGAUAAUAGUAUUUCAUCCACUAUUGAAGCAGAAGUACGAAUCAAUGGUGAGAAAAACAAAAGAAAAAUAGAUGACAAUAAUGAGAACCAAACAAAACGAUUACGUAUUGAAACAAUUGAUAAACAAAAUGAGUCAAAUUCUAGUCAUGAAUUGAUCCAAAAGAAUAUAAUUUGUUUAUUUUGUGAUGAAUUGUUUAAAGAUAUCGAAUCGGCGAAGAAACACAUUGAGGGACAUAUGUCCGGUCAACAGAUAAGUCACUUUUGGUGUAAAAAGGUUUCGAAAUGGAGUCAACACUUUCUUCUAAAACAAGAACAGUUGUGUUCAUAUGAACAGUCAGAUGAUAUGGAUAAGCGAAGUGUUUAUUACAAUUGUCCCCUUUGUGUCAAAUUAGCUAAAGUUAAUAAAAGAAUUGCCAAACGUUACGAACAAUUUUCAGAUAUUCGCAACCAUUUGUGGCAACACAGCUGUUGGUUAUCAGUUAAAUGCAAACUUUGUUCAAUAUAUUUACCUAAUUGUGAUGCACUUGUUGUCAAACAUUUGGUUGUUAAUCACUAUUCAAACAUCAAUAAGAAAAAGUUUAAGUUUUUGUUGUCAUUUGACUCGGAAUCUUCAGACAUCUUAUUAUCAGAUGAGCGACAAAUACUUGAACACAAAUUGAUUGAAACAAAUGGUCACGAAUUUGUGGAAACUAUUAUAAGGAAAAUGUUAACUGAUCUUAAAGAAAGUCAUUACAAAAAUUUACUCAAGAGUACGAAUGAUAAGCAAUGGAAUGUUGAGAUUAAGAGACUCCCAAACAAUGAUCUGAAUAAGUAUUUAGAAGAGUAUAAAGAAUAUGAGGCCAAACGCAACCAAAUAAAUAAUAACAAAGAGUCCGAAGAAACUGCCAGUUCUGACAGUGAAGUAAAUGCAUCAGAGAUUACCGAUAGUCAUAUCGAUAGAACCAACAAAAAUAUCGACACAUUUAGUAAACAAUUGAGUUGUAUUAAAGAGGCUAUGAGUCGAUUAGGAGAAACCGCUAGUAAUUCCAGUGCUAACGGAGUUAGAGAAAUAGAUUCCGACGACGAAGCACUUGAAGACAAUUAUCGUAUUAUAUGCUCAAACUGUAACCGAAGAUUUGAGAAGACAUCAGAUGCUAAAGAGCACCACAAGAACUCUCAUCCAAAUAAAGCGAUGGCUUUUGUUAAGAAACCUCCAAAAAUCUAAUU